AUGUCUCAGUGCUUAGAGGGGGUCAAGCAUUUGUUUGCUUCCCUGCUCCAUUGCUGUGAUCUUGAAGCAUACAGACAAUUAACAGCCCUUGAAGAUCCUGAAAUUCUAGCAAGAGAGACAGUGUUUAGUGUAAGCGAAAUAGAAGCACUUUAUGAGUUAUUUAAGAAGAUAAGCAGUGCUGUGAUUGAUGACGGAUUAAUCAAUAAGGAAGAGUUCCAAUUGGCAUUAUUUAAGACAAAUAAAAAGGAAAGCCUAUUUGCUGAUCGGGUGUUUGACUUAUUUGACACAAAGCAUAAUGGAAUCCUUGGUUUUGAAGAGUUUGCCCGUGCACUAUCAGUAUUUCACCCAAAUGCCCCCAUUGAUGAUAAGAUCGAGUUUUCCUUUCAACUUUAUGAUCUCAAGCAACAAGGUUUCAUAGAGAGGCAGGAGGUGAAGCAAAUGGUGGUGGCUACUCUUGCUGAAUCCGGCAUGAAUCUUUCCGAUGAUGUCAUUGAGAGUAUCAUUGACAAGACUUUUGAGGAAGCUGAUACAAAACAUGAUGGGAAGAUAGACAAGGAAGAAUGGAGAAGCCUUGUGCUGCGACAUCCAUCCCUCUUGAAGAAUAUGACCCUUCAAUACCUCAAGGACAUCACAACAACAUUCCCGAGCUUUGUUUUUCACUCAAGAGUUGAGGAUACCUGAUGAAGGAAGCCAUGCCAGACUGCCCGUACCUGAAUUUCUUCAUUUUCAUGUUCAUGUUUAUGCUUAUGCUUAUGUUUUAUGUUUAUGUUUAUGUUUCCAACUUGUUUUGAUAAGUUUUGCUCUGGUUGAAUUAAGCAAACAUGAUUAUCUGUUUGUGGACAUGAAUUAUUCUUAUGUUUGCCUUAUUUGUUGAAUACUGGAAUUGAUUGAUUGGUAUUAAAAAGCCAUUGCCACA